CGCUCGAUAAUUAACCAAUAACAAAUUGCCCAGCGAUCUUUCCAAAACCCACAUACAUCCACCCAACCCGACCCGCUCCAACCUACGGGUGUCCUAUGUUACAUAGAUCCGCUUAACUGAAGGAGAAACAAGCAUCUCGCCCCUCGUCAAUAAUCACAGGAAGUCGUCUGGAGCAUACAGAGGAUAUUUCUUUCUAUCAUAAAGAUUCUGGCCUUUAAUUUUGAGGACAAUGUCUGUAACAGCUUGGUAUUAGUAAUAUAUGUUUAUACUUUAUACACAUAUCACAUAUGACAUAACCAUAUAAAUAAAUAUAUUUGUAUUAAAAAUUACACGCAGGCUCUGAGCUUCACUCGAAUGGCUCUGUUUCGCCUGUGUAAAGCUACACGCAGGCUCCGAGCCUCUGCUCUCUCUCUUCAAUUGACCGGACCCGUAUUGUCUCCCCCAAUUCCAAACCCUAAAACCCCAUCCGACUCUUUUUCUCAAUCAUUCACCACCAAUCUCUUCAAUUCACUCCACACACACACUCAUUGCCUCCCUAAGUGCAUAUAUAUUCAAGAAAAUCAGAAUUUUAGGACUUUUAAUUCGACCCAAUUGGUGAAGAAUGCUGGCAUAUCAACAUUGGGAUAUGAGAAAAAAGAGGAGAAUGAGAAAAAGGAGGAGAGUAAAGUAAAGGGGUGUUCUUGGAUUGAUUUGUAUUUGCCGAAAAAUUUGGUGGGUUAUGCUCAUUUAGCUAGGUUGGAUAAGCCUAUUGGGACUUGGUUACUCGCUUGGCCAUGUAUGUGGUCUAUAAAUUUGGCAGCAUCGCCUGGGAGCUUUCCUGAUUUUAAAAUGAUGGCCCUAUUUGGUUGUGGGGCUUUUCUGCUAAGAGGUGCAGGAUGCACAAUAAAUGAUCUCCUUGACCGUGAUAUUGAUACAAAGGUAGAACGCACAAGAUUGAGACCAAUUGCAAGUGGUGCUUUGACAAGGUUUCAAGGGCUUUGUUUUCUUGGAAUCCAACUGUUUUUGGGUCUUGGCAUCCUCCUUCAAUUGAAUUCCUAUAGUCAAAUGUUAGGAGCUUCAUCCUUGCUGCUGGUCUUUACUUAUCCUCUCAUGAAGCGGUUUACAUUUUGGCCUCAAGCCUAUCUUGGUUUAACAUUUAAUUGGGGUGCUUUGUUGGGAUGGGCUGCUAUUAGAGGAAGUCUUGAUCCUACCAUAGUCUUCCCACUUUACCUUUCUGGAGUGUGUUGGACACUUGUCUAUGAUACCAUAUAUGCGCAUCAGGAUAAAGAAGACGAUAUGAAAGUAGGUGUUAAAUCCACUGCUCUCCGGUUUGGGGAUACCACGAAGGAAUGGAUUAGCGGGUUUAAAAUAGCUUGCAUUGGUGGCCUUACUCUUAGUGGAUUUAAUGCUAAUAUUGGAUGGCCAUACUUCAUAUUUCUAACGGCUGCCUCUGGCCAAUUAGCAUGGCAAAUUUGGACGGUUGACCUAUCAUCCCGAGUUGAUUGUAAUCGAAAGUUUGUAUCCAAUAAGUGGUUUGGCGCAAUGAUAUUCAGCGGAAUAUUAUUUGGACGACUGAUGUCAUAAAUUAUAAGAUAUCGGCCUUUAAAUUCUCAAAUUCUCGUCAGGCGCUUGGCUAUGUGCUAUCUGUUAAUCAGAUUUCAAUUGGUAAUUGGUGUCCAUGGUGCACACAUCCCAAAUCUCCAAGCUGCCAUAUCAUGUUGCAAAACUGAACUGCAUUUGCAUUGGGCUGGUAAGGCCCGAGAGUGGAACAGAACUUUUGAAAGGGCUUCCAAUGAUCAUAUCAUUAUACUCAAAAUUGAUAGGUCUAACUACAAAACCAUAUAAUAUGUGCUAUAUCUUCCUCACAGUGAAGUGGCAUUUGGCAUAUGAACCUAGUGGUAAGAGAUUUGAUGUAAUUAUGAGAAUUAUGAAACAAAAUGGUCUGAGGUCCCAUUAGCAACUCAUAACGAAUUAAUUAGAAGACUAAGACAUGUUGAUUUGGAUGUU